ACCAGAGCAGUGCCGGGCCCUGCGCAUGCGCAUUCCGCUCUCUGCGCUCUCAGCGUUUUGCUCUUCUCCCGGUCGGGCCUGCUGCUGCGUGUGUGCGGCUCACAGAGCAUUGAGUGACCAGGACCAGCUGCCAUCAUGUCUCGCUUCUUUGCCACCGGCACAGACAGCGAGUCGGAAUCGUCCCUCUCUGGGGAUGAAGCACCCCCUAAGCCAGUGGGAGGUACCUACGGCAAACAGCCGCUGCUUCUCAGUGACGAUGAGGAGGAUAUGAAACGCGUGGUGCGCAGCGCCAAAGACAAGAGGUUUGAGGAGCUGACGAACAUCAUCAAGACCAUUCGUAACGCUAUGAAAAUUCGGGACAUGACCAAAUGUCUGGAGGAGUUUGAGCAGCUGGUCAAAGCUUAUAUCAAGGCCAAGAACAUAGUGGACAAGGAAGGGGUCCCCCGUUUCUACAUCCGCCUCCUCUCUGAUCUGGACGACUAUCUAACUGAGCUAUGGGAAGACAAAGAGGGCAAGAAGAAGAUGAAUAAGAAUAAUGCCAAAGCUCUGAGCACCCUGCGGCAGAAGCUGCGCAAGUACAACCGGGAUUUUGAAGGGCCUAUCAGUGCCUAUAAGCAGAAUCCUGAGGAGUCUGCAGAUGAAGACCAAGAAAAAGACGAAGAUGAUGACGAUUCAGACGCCUCGUCCUCCAGUGAGGAUGAAAAAGAUGAAGGCAUGAGCGCCAGCAAGUUCCUGAAGAAGGUGGAAUCUGCACCCCCAGAUGCCCGAAACAAGUUCCUCAAGAAAGCAGAGGAGGCAGAGGAUGAUGAUGAGUCAUCGGAUGAUGAAGAUUGGGGGUCUGAUUCUGAGGACUCCGACUCUGAAUCUGAAGACGAUGAGGGGAAAUACACCUCUCUGGCCUCUAAAUUCCUUAAGAAGGCCAUCUCAGAAGGAGAUCGUCAGGCUGCUGAGAAGAAAAAAGAAGAUAAGGCCAAAAAGAAGCAGCAUAGGAAAACCAAGAGUAGAAUGGACGAGGGCGUCGAAGUAGAGGAGGAUGAGAAUGAGGCUGGGGGAGAGUGGGAGAAGGUCAAAGGAGGGGCUCCAUUGGUUAAGGAAAAACCCAAAAUGUUUGCCAAGGGCACAGAAAUUACUCCACCCAUCGUUGUUAAGAAGUUAAAUGAGAUCCUCCAGGCUAGAGGAAAGAAAGGUACAGACAGGGCGGCCCAGAUUGAGCUCCUUAAUUUGCUUGUUGUGAUCGCAGAAGAAAACAAUCUGGGGCAAGGCAUUGCCGUCAAGAUUAAGUUCAACAUUGUGGCUUCUCUGUAUGACUACAACCCCAAUCUGGCUGCUUAUAUGAAGCCGGACAUGUGGAAGAAGUGCCUGGAGUGUAUACAUGAUCUCAUGGAUAUCCUCUUCGCUAAUCCCAACAUGUUCAUCGGGGAGAAUAUCGCAGAAGACUCCGAAAAUCUCGUAGUUGGUGACCAGCCUCUGCGUGUACGUGGCUGUAUUCUCACACUCAUCGAGAGAAUGGACGAAGAGUUCACCAAGAUCAUGCAGAACACAGACCCCCACUCGCAAGAGUACGUGGACAACCUGAAGGAUGAAGCGCGUGUGUGUGAGGUGAUCGAGCGAGUGCAGAAGUACCUGCAAGAAAAGGGCAACACGGACGAGAUCUGCCGGGUGUAUCUACGCAGGAUCAUGCAUACCUACUACAAGUUCGACUACAAAGCCCACCAGCGGCAGCUCAGCAGCGAGCAGGAGUCUAAGUCAGAACAGGACCAGGCAGAGAACGAAGCUGAGGACAGCGCCAUCCUCAUGGACCAUCUCUGCAAAUACAUCUACUCAAAGGACCGGACGGAUCGCAUCAGGACCUGCGCCAUCCUGUGCCAUAUCUACCACCACGCGCUCCACAAUCGCUGGUUCCAGGCUCGGGACCUUAUGCUGAUGUCUCACCUGCAGGACAACAUCCAGCACGCAGACCCCCCGGUGCAGAUCCUGUAUAACCGCACCAUGGUGCAACUUGGCAUCUGCGCCUUCCGCCAGGGGAUGAUCCGAGAUGCCCACAACGCCCUCCUGGACAUCCAGUCCAGUGGCCGAGCCAAGGAGCUGCUGGGCCAGGGCUUGCUGAUGAGGACCAUGCAGGAGAGGAACCAGGAACAGGAGAAGAUCGAGAAGCGCAGACAGAUUCCGUUCCACAUGCACAUCAACCUGGAGCUUCUGGAGUGCGUCUACCUGGUGUCGGCCAUGCUUCUGGAGAUCCCUUACAUGGCAGCGCACGAGUUUGAUGCUCGUAGGAGGAUGAUCAGCAAGCAGUUCCACCACCAGCUGCGAGUGGGCGAGAGGCAGCCUCUCCUGGGUCCACCGGAAAGUAUGAGAGAACACGUGGUCGCAGCCUCUAAGGCCAUGAAGAUGGGAGACUGGAAGACGUGCAGGAACUUUAUCAUCAAUGAGAAGAUGAACGGGAAGGUGUGGGACCUGUUCCCGGAGGCAGACCGGGUGCGAAAUAUGCUGGUCAGGAAAAUCCAGGAGGAAUCUCUGCGGACUUAUCUCUUCACCUACAGCAGCGUUUACGAUGCUAUCAGGAUGGGAAUAUUAGGGGACAUGUUCCAGCUGGAGAUCCCCACCGUGCACAGCAUCAUUAGCAAGAUGAUCAUUAACGAGGAGCUCAUGGCUUCCCUGGAUCAGCCCACCCAGACAGUGGUGAUGCACGGGACGGAGCCCAGCUCCCUGCAGAACACGGCUCUGCAGCUGGCCGAGAAGCUGGGCAACCUGGUGGAGAACAACGAGAGAAUAUUUGACCACAAGCAGGGCAGCUAUGGUGGAUACUUCAAUCGUGACCAGAAAGAUUCAUACCAGAGGAAAGAGGGCGGAUACAUGAGGCGAGGAUACAGACGCGACCAGCAGAAUCAGAAUCAGGGCCACAACCAGGGCCACAACCAGGGCUACAACCAGGGCCACAACCAGGGCUACAACCAGGGCUACAAUCAGGGCCACAAUCAGGGCCACAAUCAGGGCUACAACCAGGGCCACAAUCAGGGUCACAAUCAGGGCUACAAUCAGGGUCACAAUCAGAGUCACAACUACUGAUCCCAUCGCCACCCCAUCAUCAUUCCCUGUUUUUACAUAUUAAGGGAUGUCGGCUAUUAACAUAAUAAAGAUAUUUUGCUGUGAAAGAA